CAAAGCGCGUCAAGUCGGUCCCAGAGGACAGCAGGGACUGGUUGAUUCCACCCUCUCCGAGUCUGUUCCCGGCAGGAAUGCAGAGGAAUUAAACGACGUGUCCUCCUCAAAAUCACGCGCGCAGAGCGAGCUCACCUGCUUCUAAUUGGACUAUCGCGACAAGUUGCCGAAGUGACGUCAGCACCAGUGAUUGAUUCCCUUCAGCGCAACGAGGAUAACUGAGUUUUUUUUGUUGUUUUUUUCUCACGCGAGACUAAUUGAGCGCCCACAGCGGCGAGGCACGCGCGCGCUCACACGGAGGCGGAGGCAGGCGGCGGGGAGCAGCGCGCGCUGUGGAUGGAUGGAGGCAGCGUCUCGGCAUGGAUCAGAGCUUCUAGUUGAACUGAAGCGGACUUUGAUUAUUUUUAGCGCCAAAACUCAGGAAGCUGCUCCAUCCGUCACCCCCUGGCAUCAGCAGACCAUUUCUUAUUUUAUUUAUUUAUUUAUUUGCGCGUGUCGGUGCGCCCCUGCCUGCCUGGAUCCAUGGGUUGUACGGUGAGCGCAGAGGAUAAGGCUGCCGCGGAGAGGUCUAAAAUGAUUGACAAAAACCUCCGAGAAGACGGAGAGAAGGCGGCAAGAGAAGUGAAACUGCUCUUACUGGGUGCUGGGGAGUCUGGGAAGAGCACCAUUGUAAAGCAAAUGAAGAUCAUCCACGAAGACGGCUACUCAGAAGAUGAAUGCAAGCAGUAUCGAGCGGUUGUUUACAGUAAUACCAUCCAAUCUAUUAUGGCUAUUGUUAAAGCCAUGGCAAGUCUCAAGAUAGAUUACAGCAACCCUGCAAGAACGGACGAUGCUCAGCAGCUCUUUGCCCUGGCUGCAGCUGCGGAGGAGCAGGGCAUUCUUCCUGAAGACUUAGCCAACGUGAUCCGGCGGUUGUGGGCCGACUGCGGCAUACAGAGCUGCUUUGCACGGUCGCGAGAAUACCAACUCAAUGACUCAGCAGCGUAUUACUUGAAUGACCUGGAGAGGAUAGCGAAAGCGGAUUACAUCCCCACGCAGCAGGACGUGCUUCGAACUCGGGUUAAGACCACUGGCAUUGUUGAGACUCACUUCACCUUCAAGGAGCUGCACUUCAAAAUGUUUGAUGUGGGAGGCCAGCGCUCGGAGAGAAAGAAGUGGAUUCACUGUUUCGAAGGAGUAACAGCCAUUAUCUUCUGUGUUGCACUGAGUGCUUAUGACCUGGUGCUGGCCGAGGAUGAAGAGAUGAACCGAAUGCACGAGAGCAUGAAGCUCUUUGACUCCAUCUGCAACAACAAAUGGUUCACUGAAACCUCCAUCAUCCUCUUCCUUAACAAGAAGGAUCUCUUUGAGGAGAAGAUAACUCGCAGCCCCCUCACCAUCUGCUUCCCUGAAUACACAGGAGCCAACAAGUUCGAUGAGGCAGCCAGCUAUAUCCAGACCCAGUUUGAGGACCUGAACAAGAAAAAGGACACCAAGGAGAUCUACACCCACUUCACCUGUGCCACAGACACCAAGAACGUGCAGUUUGUCUUCGACGCUGUCACUGAUGUUAUUAUUAAGAACAACCUGAAGGACUGUGGUCUUUUCUAAAGGACAAUGCCACCCAGCACACACAGACUGCAUGAGAGACUGCAAUAGCCAUGUGAUGAAUACUGCUUUUCAUAAUGAAAACCAAGAUAGAUUUACUUGUGGAGA